AUGGAGAAUAGUAAUGAUUUAGACGAGAAUUUUAUAGAUAUUUCAUUAGAUGAUUUGCGCGACAUUGAGUUACUGGAAGCUAGUAUUUUUGAUGAAAUUGCUAGAAAAAAUUAUUUGAGUGAAAAUAAAGAAUCAGAGAUUGAAGAUUAUAAUAUCUAUCCUUCAAAAAAACGCAAACGUUUAUUCCUAGUGCAUCUGAGAGUGAAAGUGAUGACGUGGAAAAAUUUGUAA